UAAAACGUGCAUGCCGUUUGAGCGUGCAAUUUCAACACAUAAACUGCAGUGUGUAUCUGAGCGCCAGUCGCCGAAAAGUGAACAUUUUAGAACCUUGAAAUGACAGCUUCCGUGAGCUUAUUGGAAUUUCAACGCACUUGGUAUUUCCAGCUGAGAGCCUGAGACUGCUCGAGUUCAUGCCAGUUUGCUGUUAAAAGGCUUCUCAACUACUACACUGUACAGAGGGAGGGAUGCUUCACUGAUUGGCUGAUUGCAAGGACUAGUGCUACCCCUCAACGUUGAUCACACACACAUGCAGACACAAGGCUUAUGCACACACCGGAGUACUGUUAUUGUGUGCUCGACACAGAGCUGAAGGGUACUACUACUAACGGAGCAUCUAGCUAGCCGCUUGAAUACAUUACUAACUAGCUCUUCAGCGUAGCCGGGUAUUUUUCCAUGCAGUGACAGCCCGAGUCUUUGGCCAUCUACACUGGCCUAGCUAGCAAGCGAGCAAGUAGGCUGUGGCUAAUGUGGGACGGGUCAUACUGUGCCUCUGCCUGAACACCUCCCCUGACGGAGGCUCGUUAGCAAGCCGCUAGACGUCACCACCCUCCUGUAGCUGUUGGAACCAGGACCACAACAAAUGUUGAAAUUUCUCAGCAGGACUGCCUACCAAACACUCCCUGGCCUCCGGGUGAGAAGCGGUAUUUACAUUUAGUCAAGCAAUCAAGUCGGACCGAUUGGAGUGCCUGGUUAAACACUCAGCGACACGGCCCAUUCAGGCACUCGAUUUCAUCGCUACACCGUUCUCAACUCCUUCUCUGACAAACAUCUGUACACAUUUCUCUAGAUGUAAAAACUUCAACAUUUUCCUUCUGAAAGGAUUUGUAGGAUUACUCGCCACCGGCAGCAGCCAUGGCUUCCGAAUUUUUGAGACGAUUGUUGAAGCGAGGGUCGGAGUCUUCGCAGAGACCCAAAGUCGAUGUUCAUGCUUUGUACACAAACUGCCAAAUGAGUCGUAUUUUGAUGGAAGGGCAACUGUCCGUACACGAACCCUGGCGCAGGCACAAGAAGAAGCCAAAGAGUGUCCACAUGGUGCUCUACACCAACGAUUCUAGUCCGUUUCUUGUGUGGUACGGGGACAAGGCUAAGAAGAAGGCUCGUGGCUUCUGCACCAUCCAAGGUGGGAAGAUCGCGCCUAUUGGAGAAUACAGCUUUCAGAUGGUGUUCAGUGGAAAGAAUAAUCAAGUGUACAAAUACAACACGGAAUGCUGGGAGACUCGAGAGGAGUGGUUGUAUGCUCUGAGGGACGAGAGCAGACGUGAGACGGCCAUGCCUGAACUCUCUAACGUGACGCCUUCCCUCAUGCAGAGCAAGGACGACAUCGCCAUCACGCAUCCAAGUCAACCUCAUCGACCACCCUGGAAAGGACAUCGUAGAACUCUUAGUGCGGGUUCACCUUCACCGCAGCUUGAUCGUUGUCAGGUCUCGCUGCAACGGUCCAGAAGUCAACCCCACAUUCAAAAAGGAAAAUUGAUCAGAAAGCGUGCAACUGUGUUGAACUCAUCCAAACCCAAGACCACGGUAGGACAGUCAAUCCAAGGACAGAAAUACUUUGUGCGAUCACCGGAAGUUUGUCGUAGCUGAGGCGCUUAACAUUGUGGCAAUGGAUUUAUCAAGGCAUUCUUUACUUUCCAGUUAUCAGCUGACAGCAUUUUUUAAAGCAAUUUUUGUUCACUGUUUUUGUUUUCAUUUAUUGCAAAGUUAUAUUUUGUUUAUGAUUUUAUGAUAAACACUCAUGAAGAAUGUGUGUACUGCAAAAAAUUGCAAUUUUGUUUUGGUAAUUUUAUUUGAAAGCAACAGAUGCAAUGCAGUUGUUGUGAUUAUUGUGCAUGAGAUGCCAUGUUUGUUACAAAUCUCAUGGAUCUUGCAUGUUUAUGUUUACAAUUUAACAAGUUUCAUUCCUUUUUUUAUAUUUUAUAUUUGCAAAAUAUGCAAACAAUCACCCUUGUUGGCCUACACACACAGAAUUAAUAUCAGUGUAAUGAAAGAGUUACAUAUCGGAAUGUUCCAGGAAAAAAUUAUUCCUAACAGCCCUGUGGUAAAGUUUUUUAUUUUUUAUGUUUUUUGUGAGGAAAGUAAAAAGUUUACCGUAAUCAAUAGUACUAUAAGAUACCGGCCAUUUUGAGGACUUUUAUUAUUUAAGAGUUUGACUGUAGCUUAAGGAAACAAAAAAGAGACCAAAAUUUUAUAUUUGUGUUACAAUUUACAAGGUAAUCCAGAAAAAUGGUGCCUUAUGUUGAUACUUAUUGGCAUGUAUACUCUCUCUAAAAAUGAUAGAUUCAUUAAUCAGAUUUUUUGUAUAAUUAUUAAUCUAUAUUUUAUAAAAAGUAUACCUUGAAAUAGUGUAUCUUACACUGUAGUGUAAAUGAUACAUCAUUCAAUUUUUUAUUAUACCCAUAUAUCUAUUUACCCUGAAAGCAAGAAGAACAAAAUAUUUACUCAAAAUACAUUAGCAACUUAUUGGCAUGUAGAGAAAGAAAUAUAUGAGAACAGUUGGAAAGUAUGUCCUAUUUUUCUCAAAAUUUUGAUUCAUUUUAAGUUUCUAAAACUGAUGAAAACAAACAGUACUGUUGGCUUGUAAACAGAAAUUUCCCUACUUUAGUUCCUGUAUGUUCCACAUUAGUAUAUCAGUCUAAUCUGUCACAGUUCUGAAAGUAAUAUUCUAUUUUCAACUUCCCAGUUCCUAUUUUUAGUUGAUUUAAAAACAAAUUAUAUUCUACCUGUCAAAAUAGCUACCGUAUAUGACAAGCUAUACUUGUAUCUGCUAUCAAUUCUAAUUGAUCAGAUAUCCAAUCUUUAAGGAUCCCUUUUCCCAAUCAUCCACUUAAAAAGUGAAAUUUUAACAGGGUUGUCAUUGUACAUGUGACUUCUACACAUGAAUUGACAUGAGGCCUUUGCCUUGUUCUGUCAAUGUGUUCUGAUUAUUUUUAUACACAUUUGUAGAAAAGUGUCCUCUAUUUCCUUUGGCAAUCUCUAGCCAUUGAUUGUAAGAAAUGCACACACUUUAGCUGUAAACUUUGGAAAAAAGCGUCUGUGGUUUUGGAAAUUAAGAUGAGUCAAAGCUGCCGGAUGCUAGGAAUUGUUUUUACUGCAUCAAGGUUCAGUAGAGACUAGAGAGGAAAAGAUCCGAGGGUCCCCCUCCCCCUUUUCCCUUCCAUCUCUAGGAAAUUCUUACCCCAUGGCCACAAAUGAGUUGAUAUGGUUGUGAUAAGAUUCUUGGAAUAUAGAUUGUUUUCAGUAUCUACUUUGGAUAUGUCAAUUUAAUUUCAGUGGAAGUAAACAUGUUAGAAUGGCAUGCCAACUCAAUAUUCAUCCAAAUUUUUCAUUUUGUGGCAGAUUUGCUCAAAAUCAUAAAAAUCAUCCCUGGAGUGCAAUAUGCAUGAAAACAAAGCUACUGUAUAGAGCUUGAAACAUUGGAUGCCUUUGAUGUGUGCACGGUGUGUACACACGGAAAGCCUGCAUUGUUAUACCUCCCACUCUGCUACGGCAGGGGGCGGGUCUUGUUCUAUGGAACUAAACAAAGAGCAGGAGAAAUACAGCGUUCACUCUUGGCUAGAAAGGCCUGAAAUUUAUGGCACCGCAUUCCUACAUGUACAUGUAGCCGCCAUGGUUGUAUGAAUGUGCGCAUUAUCAACUUCCUUUUUUCAUAUCCAACUUAUUUCAAGGUCAUUUAUAUUUUUUUAAUAAAUAAUCCAAGAUCAUGAUGAUCAGAAGCGUAACUAAUAGACUACAUAAAGAUAAAUCUGCUGUAUUCUACUCUGUAGCUGCCUUCUCUGAAAGGAAUAACAACUAUUUUCAUGUAUGUUCAUGUUUGAAAGCAAAUAUCGAUACCGCUGCGUCUGUACUGAUGUGCAUCCUAAAGAAAAGUUAGAGAAAAGCCUGACAGUGGAUGGCACAUGUGCACAAUGUUUCAUCUGUAGCAAGUCCCUGUCUAGUACUCAAAUUUUGGCACGACUCCAUCAAAAAUAAGUCAUGUGCUCCAACUGUGCUUGCACGUAUGUUUUGCUCUGCAACAACCUGCAGUAAUUUUAGCAGACCAUAUUCAUUGUAUGCAAAUAGAAUGUUCUGCAGUGUGUCUGACAGUGUGUUCUUGCACUUGAAAAUCGUCAACGAGGUUGUUCAUCACCCAAUGUUAUUUCAGGUUUCCCGCCUUCUUUACAGCUAAUGAUGAUCAUAAAUCUGUUUCAAGUAAUUACAAUUCUCGUGAGAAUUUCCUCCUUGUAUUUAUGGAGAAGAUGUUGUUGGCUCUCGUUCAAAUCACAACGUAAUUGAAUAGCAGUGUGAACAAUACUGUAUGCCUCUGGGGUCAGAUGAGGCAUAUGACUUUCCCAGACAAACUUCCAACAGAGCUUGUUUGUUACAGGUACCCCUCCCUCCCCCAUCUCUUCUGUACAGGAGACAUGACAGAUCUCUGAAGUUGAAACAUGAAUGUUCAUGUUGUGUAAGGGAAAGGAGAUCUAAAUUUAGACUCUAGACCGGCAAGAGGUUAGAGGCUUAUCAUUUCCGCUCUUAUCGGCAAAGAUUCAAAUUGAAAUGGGCAUUUUGACAUGUUCUUGCUGGCAGUGGCAUACAAACGGUUUACAAUGUACUUGGGGAAUGCAAUAUUGCUCUAUGGAAAAUGUAUGUUCUUUCUCUUUCUCUUGGAGUUCAUUUUAAUAUUGACAUGAUAACCAAGUGAAACCCCCUGACCAAAAUUGUUUAGCAAUGAUAGAUUUAAAAAAACAUUGGUGUGAAAGGGUCACUUUAUAAAAUACCCUUUAGCCUUCCUAUUUAUUCUAUCAUCAGUUACAUACAAAAGAGUACAUGAUUCAAGUCAAAUACAAUUUGUAUUGUGGAUUACUUGUUAGGUUCUUCUUUUGCAGUAUUCCUUUCAGUGAUCUUCUAUUAGGCCUCAUGUUUGUGCAGCACGUUCAUCUAAUCAUUGCAUUUGAGCACCUACAUGCAGGUCUUGUCCCAGUCAGGAAGACAAGCUCUCUCUCCCGAGUGUGGAUUUAAUUCUAUUUCCAGGCAUUCAGUACCUAAAAUAUCAGGCCUGGUUGCGCCUUCCAUUCUUCAUCUUAGCGUCUCUAAUCCUAUCCAAUUGUAAUCUAAUAUUGAGUCUCGCUGCUUGGAGAGGAGGAGGCGGUGUGGCUGGUUUCUUUUACUCGUUCUUUUGAAUUUCAUGUGGGAACUUCCCAGAGCUGUGGCAACUGUCUUUAUCCCACGUUCUGGUAGUUGGCAAGCAAAUGGGAAUGGAUGCGCCAUGUUGCUAUGUUGCCGACUGGCGCUAGGUUAACCGCACAGGGAAGUGAGACAGGAUGGAAAUGGCAGAUUUAGUGGCAACCUAGGCCAAAGUGAGAUCACAAAAUGCAGUUUCCUUCACUGAUUAGGAGCGGCUCAUGGCUCUUUCCUCUCCUUUCCUCUCCCUCCCCCUCUCUCUCUCUCUCUCUCUUUCUCUCUUCGUCUCUCUCUUCCUCUCUGUCUGUCUCUGCCGUUUCUCCUACACAUAUCCUGAUUUAUUAGUGUGUCUCUCAGAAACAGGUCACAUAUGACCUUGUUUGGAGGGGCUUUCAACGUUGUGCACAACCCCACUCAACAUUCAGGUCACGUUGCAUAAAGCAAUACCCACCAUGUAUUAACUGUUCAUCCAGUCUGCGCAAUUUUAAAGCAAGAAAAUCAUUGAUCAUCUCUAGACAAGAAAGUGGGAACAGUCGUAAUUGGUUGCAACAUUCGUUCCAGAGCAGUGCUGAAUUACAGACUAAUUUGCAGAUAGCAAAUAUACAUAUCUUUGUGCACGUAAACUAACAGCAUAAGUUCCUUAUUAUCAGGAUUAUGCUAGGAUGUAAUGAGUAUUUCCGUGCCACUUUGAAGCAUUGUAUUUGUAAUUACUCUGGAAGUUUUCCACCAGGAAAUGCUGUCAAUCAAUUAGUUAGUUUCCUAAUGUAGCUCACUUUGUACCGCUGGAUUUAAAAAAAAGGUUGAAUGGGAACGAUAUGUUAAAUUGAAGCUGGCAAGCCCCAAAUGCGAGGAUUAAGGAUUAAUUUUGAAAUACUUGCAGUUGCAGCAUAUGCUGGGGCUAGAUGUUUAGAAUUGUGGAGAUUUAGGAUUCCCAUGGAAGGUUCAUGCAAGGGGCUAAAUGGGCAUGAUGAUGAUGGUUUGUUUUGUGCUGUUAACUAGCAAUGCAUGCUUGAACUCUCGUUUCCGAUCCACUUCAAAUCAUCCUAAUGACGUUGUUAGUCACAGGAGCCAUGCUAAACAAUUAAAAUUCUUGACCCUUGUCGUGAUCUUUUAGAAAAUCAUGUGAAAUACAGAGGCUGUGUAUUGUGCAGUGAUUGAAAACUUAACGAUCUGUGACUUUCAAAUUGACUGGACUGCAGACCCACGCGAAUGACUCAAAUGAGUGGGAGAGAUGGGAGAUAAUCUGCAUAGUCUGCAUACUGCACAGGCUUAAUCAAGAUUGUGUUGGAUAAGAAACUAAGUGCCCACCAGAUCCAGCUUCAAGUUUUAUUCAGGGCCUACAAGUCUGGUGAUCUUUCAUUAAUAGAAUGCAUUAGCCUGCUCUGCCGUAUGCCUAUAAUAUCAGACUCGUUUAAGACACACUGUAUCGAUACUUGCUUUCUUACAUGAACACACAUAGAUUUGCGGCUUUUUGCGCUUUAAUGUCUAUUAGUGAAUGAAUGUACAAGAAGUACCACUGAAGAAACUUCUGAAUUAUAUCUUAGCAAGUUAAGUGGAUUAUUUCUGGUGAUUUACAGCAUUGCAUUCUUUAAAACUAGGAUUACGGUAGUCAUAAUGUCUUCACGAUACUGAAAACAUGUACACUGUUAUAUCUUGCCUCUAUAACUAUAGUAUAACCGAUAAUUCUCAAUCAUAUUCGUUGUUUAUGUUUACGUACUGAAUUUCAUUUAUAACCCUAUGGUGGCCAUAUUUUUCUGAUAUUUGUCAUUUAUCACUGAGAGUGAAGGGUAAAAAAUGUGCCAUUUUCAUAAUUCCAAUCUUUGAAAUUUGCAAACUUUUUUUUUCUUUCUGGGGGGGGGGGGGGGGGGGGGAGUGUCCAAUUUGUAAAACCAUAUAUCAGGGUUCCACAUUAAUUUUUUGUAAGGGGGUAUGAAUCGAAUGUGUUUACAGUCUGUAUGCAUGUGUACUAUGGAAAAACUUACCAUUUUUUUUUUGGGGGGGGGGGGGGGGUCCUGACUUAAAUUUUGGGCACCCAUGUGUCCCGGGUUGCUUGUAGUGUCAAUUUAAUCUACAUUAGAUUUAAUCCGAAUUAAUAAUGUGUGUCAUUCUCAUUUGAGUUUCUCAAUUGUAAAUCAAUGGUUGCUUUCUUUGGGAUGGAACCUUUAUGGUGGAACUCAAAGAUGAUCUUGGCAUAUGAAGGGUUAAUGAUAUCACCUGUUCAGUGACCCAUUCCCAUUUGGUUUUCCCAUUACAGCCAACAAAGGUUCCUUUCAUUCCAGUAAGCGAGUUCUAAUGCAUGCCUCUGUUCACGUUGUUCCCUUUGAGUUUUCAAAGAGGAAUGGGAACAAGUGCCACGUGUGAAAGGGGUUCAUGACCCCCUUCUCACUUGCCAUCCUGACCUCUUUCCAUUUUGUAGAACAAUUUUCCACUCAUACUUUUUUGGAGAUUGCUUUAUUUUUCAGUCUCCAUUAUGAACAAACAAAUCACAAAAUCUUGCCAAAUGUUAUAUUGUUUUUUCGUUAGAAAUGGCUUUUCUUUGAUUUUGUGGAUUUAUUAAGUUGUGACAGUUGUCUAGCUUGUUGAGAUACUCGGAGGGGAUUGUAUAAAUUUGACACGUUCACACUUGUACGUCUAACAUCACACCCAGCCACCCAUUGCUUCAUGAUGCCUAAACUCUCCCGUAGGUCCAUGCAUAAACAGAAAGUUGAGUUUAUUCUGAAUUUCAUGUGGUUGUUCAGUUUGAAUAUUCUGUUUAAACUGGGUCUGUGAAUAUUGUUAACAGCAUAUCAAUUAUACACGAAUGUGCAAUGAAGGAGCAUUUCAUCACAUAGGAUGUAUGCAACCCUUUUCCAAGAAAAUGUUCUACACGAUUAGGAAGUGGGAAAUGGGCCGUAACGCAGGGAUGUAAUAACGUACGCCUGGGAGAGAGACGUGUGAAAUGAAAACAGGUGCAGUCUUUUGCCGCCUCUCCUUCUGAGUAUUUCAACAAGGCAUCAGACACGAGGUAGAGAGAUUGAAGUAGACUUUAAUUAAUAUGCGUGCGUUGCAUCAGUGUUGUAGCAAUCAAUCUAGAGAGGCCAUCUUUCCAUCUUUCUCUCUCUAUCUCUCGUUCCCUCUCUCCACCUUUCUUCCCCCUCUUCUUCUUUUUAUUAAUCAUAAUACGGCAAGUCUCUGUUAACCCUGCCUCUUUCACAUCACGAUCUACAAAAAUUGACACGCAGCAUUUGAAGGGGUGCACUCAUGCAAUGUAGAAAUAAAGAGUUGAUAUUAUUAUUCCUUUCAUUUGAUGUGAAAGAAAUCUGCAUUGUGAGACUGCCAUUUAAGCGAAAUAAUAUCUAUUAUUAUCUAUCUUUAUAUAUCAUCAUUUAUCUUUAAAUGAAAUCUGCCCAUAUCAAUUCAGAUUGCCUAUUGCCAAUUAUGCAUCCCUAUGCUUAGAUAUUAUUAUCUUAAGUUGAUGUUGCAUUCUGAAAUACACUGUAUGUAUCAGCCAUUAUUUAUUUUGAGGAAGUAAAUAUGUUAUAUAUACACAUACUUUCAUUUAAUGAUUAGUGAAAGCUGCAAAGUGCUUUGAAAUUGCAUUUAUAUCCCAUUUUGAUUUUUUGCAUUGUAAGUGUAAAAUGCCCCAUUAAACAUGUAUAGAACUGCUGAUAGCCUUUUUCAAACUCCAUUCAAGAAAUCCUGAAAGAAAAACAUUUUAUUUUUUGUUGACAUUUCACCCCUUUUAUCUUUUAAGAUUAUAACUUGACGUAUUAGUGUUUCCUAACAUAUCACUUUUCUUACAUUAUUUCCAUCUCUUACAAUCUUUCAAAUUCUUUUGAUGACAGUUUUGUUAUAACCAUAUUGCUGACUUUGAUAGGAAAAUUAUAUCAGUAUUACAACAUUCAAGCUUCCCACGUUUUAUUUUGAACAGUAUUAAGAAAACAUUAUUAUCAAGGUGGUGAUUAUAGGCAUCAAGUUUGAAUUUUGAAAGCAUUUUUAUGUUUUGUAAUUCAUCCUAAAUCAUUUAUACACCAUUUAUAUCCCAUUCUGGUAUAGGAGAAGAGGCUUUGGAAAUCAAUUAAAAUAAGUUUUUCAUUCUUUCUUAUUAAACCAUAUAUAGGACCAAUAUAAGUUUAUUAGUAGUUUAAGACCAUUGUUACCAUACUGUGUUAAUUUUCAUGAUCAUCAUCAUUAUCGUUAAUUAGUAUUUUGUUUACUAUUGAUUGAAUCAUAAUAAUAUGUAGUUUGACUUCGUAAUAAGUCUUCUCUGAACAAAGGAUGAACGUAAUCAUCUACCACUACAAUGUAAUAAUAGAUGACACAGUAUUUACUGUUUACAAUUACUCUAAAAUAAGCCAUCAAUAAAGUACUAUCAUUAAUUCAUAGGGAAGACAACCCUAUCAGUAAUAUAAUUAAAUUUUGAGAAAGUAUGUCCAUGUUACAUGUAUGUUAACAGGAUGUGCGUGUUUAAAGUACUAAUUGUAUUGACUGAGGAAAACAUUUGUAAGGACGAAGCAAUCGUAGGCUUAUAUUAAACCCAUAAGCUCAGUAUGUGAUAUAAAAUUCAGUAUUUAUCCUAUUUCUGUUCUCUUUUCGAGAGACAGUAAAGUAAAUGAUAAUCCAUCUAUAAAUCAGCAUUUUAAUCAAUUUGAAAUUCAAUUUAAAGCAUAUUAUCAAUCAAUUAUUUUGUAUUUCUCACCCAUUUUGGUCAGUAUGUAUUUGCAUUCAUUAUGAGGCAUGAGGUGCUUGCCAUUACGUUUUGUUUACUUUAUAUUACCAAUGUGAAUAUUUUCAACAAAAAAUAUAAAUAUAUAUAUAUAUUUCAGUACAUGUACAGAAUGUAUCAUAAAUAUAAAUACAAAAACAACAAAAAUGUAUUAUUGUUCCACCAUGUAAUGUGUUAUGUACUGGAACCGAUAUGUAAUGUGUACAACAUGAACUUGUAUGAAUGAAUUAAAAUAUGAAAGAAAAAAUGUUAA